CUCCAGGCGUUGGCCUCGACUCCGCGGUGAGGAAGAAGGUUCCGGAGAGGGGAGGGUGCCUGGAACCAUCAGGCCAGCGAUGGCCUCCCAGGAGGAUGACUGCUCACGUUUCAUCGGCCGAAGAAAAUCAGUGUGUUGUCGCGUACACAGCUGGGAAACCACAACUACAUCGGACGACAACGACUGCUUGGACACCACCGCGUGCCCGGCCUACGCCACCUGCACCAACACCGUGGGCAGCUACUACUGCACCUGCAAACCGGGCUUCCUGGCCUCCNCUGGCCAACUGCACGUGAUGCCCAUUCUUUACCUGACAGAUAUCGAUGAGUGUGCAGACUCGUGCCCCCUCAGCUCUACCUGCACCAACACUCUUGGGAGCUACUUUUGCACCUGCCACCGUGGCUUCACACCAACCAGCGGCCAGCUGAAUUUCACAGGCCAAGAAGUGGAAUGUGAAGAUGUGGAUGAAUGUUCCCAGGAUCCAUCACCCUGUGGUCCACACUCUGUCUGCACCAAUGUUCCGGGCUCCUAUGGCUGUGGCUGUUUGCCGGGCUUCCGGCCCAAUCCAGAAGGCUCUAAGACACAUGGCAACUUCAGCUGCAGAAGGGUUCCAUUCAAAUGUAAGGAAGACAUGAUUCCCCACAAUGACCAGAUCCAGCAAUGCCAAGAAGAGUCAGCUGCGGACCCUAAAUAUGCCUCCUUCUGUGCCCUCAUGAACGCCACCUUCAGAGUCCUGGACGACGCCUGUGAAAACAAAACCACCGUCAUGUCGCUGAAGAGUAAGGCUGAGAGCUUUGCCUCUGUGCUUGAUCAAACGUCCACAUGGACCACAUUCGACCGGGAGGAGAAGUCCGCCCUGGCCUCGGCCCUCCUGGACAGUGUGGAAAGCAGCACCUUAGCUGUUUUACUGAAGUCUUCAGAGAAUGCCAGCCAGACGGUGCAGACGGAGCACUUAGAUAUCGAGAGCAAAGUCAUCAAGGAAGAAUGUAAUAAGGAGAAUGUGUCCUUUCUCUUGAAAGCCAAAGGGGACGAGAUGCAUGUUGGGUGUUCCAUCAUUGAAGAAUCUGAAAGCACAGGGACCGUUGGAGUAGCUUUUGUCUCCUUUGCAAACAUGGAAUCCAUUUUAGAUGAACGCUUCUUCAGAGACCCCCAGGCCGGCUGGGGCACCGCGGAGAGGAAACUGCGCAUGAGCUCUCGUGUCGUUGGGGGCAUCAUGACCGGGGAGAGGAAAGACAACUUCACAGAGCCGAUUGUCUACACCCUGGAGAACAUUCAGCCAAAGCAGAAGUUGGAGGAGGCCAUCUGUGUUUCCUGGGACACAGAUCCUGAGGACGGGAGGUGGACACCAUCCGGCUGUGUGACCCUGGAAGUGUCAGAGACUCACACCAAGUGCGGCUGUAACCACGUGGCAAACUUGGCAGUCAUAAUGGCUUCUGGGGAGCUCACGAUGGAGUUCGCCUUGUAUGUCAUCAGCCACGUGGGCAUGAUCGUCUCCCUGGUGUGCCUCGUCUUGGCCAUCGCCACCUUCCUGCUGUGUCGCGCCGUUCGCAACCCCAACACCUACCUCCACCUGCACCUGUGCGUGUGUCUCUUCCUGGCCAAGCUUCUCUUCCUCACCGGCAUAGACAAGACCAACAGCCAGACGGGCUGCGCCGUGCUCGCGGGGCUCCUUCACUACCUCUUCCUCGCCUGCUUCUUCUGGAUGCUGGUGGAGGCCGUGGUGCUCUUCCUGAUGGUCCGGAACCUGAAGGUGGUGAAUUACUUCAGCUCUCGCAACGUCAAGAUGCUGCAUCUCUGCGCCUUUGGCUACGGGCUCCCGGGGCUGCUGGUGGUCAUCUCUGCCGUUGCCCAGCCUCGGGGCUAUGGGAUGCAUAACCGCUGCUGGCUGAACACCGAGACGGGGUUUAUUUGGAGCUUCCUGGGGCCAGUUUGCACAAUCAUAAUGAUCAACUCCGUCCUCCUGAGCUGGACAUUGUGGAUCCUGAGGCAGAAGCUUUGCAGCGUCAACGCCGAAGUCUCAACACUCAAAGACAGCAGGCUGCUGACCUUCAAGGCCUUUGCCCAGCUCUUCAUCCUGGGCUGCACAUGGGUGUUGGGCAUCUUGCAGGUGGGCCCCGUGGCGGGCAUCAUGGCGUACCUGUUCACCGUCACCAACAGCCUUCAGGGCGCCUUCAUCUUCCUCAUCCACUGCCUGCUCAGCCGCCAGGUACGAGAAGAGUACAGGAGGUGGCUCAUCAGGAAGACCUCGCCCAGCUCUCAGCCCCAGACCUCAGGGAUGGUCCUGUCCUCCACACCCUCCUCCUCCAAGAUGGCGAAGGACUGUGCGUCCUCCACAGACUUUGCUCUGAAAGAGGGCUUGGCAGGCGGUGACAAGCCACACCAAGUCUCCUGGGAGGAACGCUUGUCAAGAGGGAUUCUCAGGUUGUUCUUUCUGUUAUCUCAGCACUAUGAAGAUAAAGUAUCUGUUGCUGCUACUGGCUCUCAGCGUCUUGCUGGCUAUGUCAGGAUCAGAAGCAGAAAAUUCUGGAGCUCCCUGUCCUGCAUGCCCUGCGAAUGCCAUCUGCUACAAUCACACCCACUGUGUUUGCAUGAAUGGAUUCCAGUCUCCUUCCGGGAGGGAUUACCUCACUGGGACCAAAGACAGAUGCGAAGAUAUCAAUGAGUGCAAGACUGGACAAGCAAGGUGUAAGAAGGUAUCAUAUUGUAGGAAUAAAAUUGGACGUUACAUCUGCAG